UUGGAUGAGGUGGAAGGAGGGGACAGUCUGAGCAGGGAAAGGGAGAGAAGAGCAGCAAGGGCAGUGUGGGGUAGCAGGGCUGGCCUGGGGGGAGCUGGAGAUAGCAGUGGGGUAGGAGGUCCUGGCACCCUGGACUUUCCUGGAGGAAGAGGUUCUAGGUCCAAGGCAGGUGUGGGCCCUGAGUCCUGGGGCUCUCAGGGAGGUAGAGAUACUGAUCACGGGGAAGCCAGGGGCUACAGGGGGCCGGGGGAGUAUGGAGGACAGACAUCUGGAGGAAAGGACUUCCAGGAAUCACCAAUAUCCAGAAAAUUUCUCCAGGGCAGUGGAAGUUCUGGGGCCAAAGCUGAGGGCUCGCUGCAGGAGGCGGAUGCCAAGGGCCGGGGGGGAUCUGUUGUUGUGGGAAGAGGCUCCAAAACAGGCCCUGGAGGCCCAGGAGGUCCCAGGGACUGGGAAGGCAGCUUACAGGAGCUCAGGGGAAGGGAUGGCCAGGAGACAGCUGGGGCCUUGGGCAGGGCAAGGGAUGGUUCCAGCAGCCACCAGUCUUCCCAGGACUGGACAGAGAGUCAGAGGGGAGCAGGGGGGCCCAGCAGAACACAGUCUGAGAGCACAGGUCCUUGGGGUGACACAUGGUCCAGCCUCAGAAAAACAGGGGCCCACCAUGGGCCUGAAGUGCUGGGGUCCAGUGGAGGGAAAGGGGGUGUGGUUGGUGCCCAGGUGGCUGGGCCGACAGAAUCUGGUCAGGGAGUGGAUGCCAGAAGCCACAGGCUAAUUGGGUCUCCAGGGCUGGAUGCUCAGGGCUCUGGGAGGACACGAGGAGACACAGAAGGAUUAAGAGGUCCUGGGGCAACAGAGUCUGAACCAGAUUUCUGGAAUGGGUUGGGGAACUCUGGAGAAAAAGGACCCAGAAGAGACAUGGGCCAUAAGGAUGGCUUAGGAGGUCUGGGGAGGAUGAAGCCUAGGUAUGGAGAUGGCUUAAAUUAUUCCCGGGAAAAAGGUCCUGAAAAAGGGGCUGGUUAUAGCGAUGGCUCAGGGGUGCCAGGAGAAACGGGCUCUGGUCACUGUGCUGGUAGAGUCACCUCUAGGGCACCUGUGGAAACAGAGUCUGAGAAAGGGGGUACUUACAGGCAUGGCUCAGGGGUGCCUGGGGGAAUGCAGUCUGGAAACAAAGAUGGUUGUGAGCCCGCAGGAAGGGGGCCUGGAGCGACCAGUCUCCAGAAUGGCUCAGGUGGCCCUGAUGGAUGGCCCGUGGGUGAAGCUGGGAAUUGGGAAUUAUCCAGAGGCCAGGGGGAAAUGGGCCCUGGGAGAGGACAUCCUUCUGAUGAUGACCUAGGAGGUCCUGGGACAGUGGGGUUUGUGGGUAGAGGUGGCCUCAAGUCGUCUAGAACAGUGGAAACUGCUGGGGAGGAACGCGUGGAAGCAGGAGCAGGGGGCUCUGGAAGAAUCAAGCCUCGGGGUCAGACUGGAGAUGACGGGGGCUUCCGCGCUUCAGGGGCGCUGGGGGCCUUUGGAGAAAGAGGCUGUGAAGAUGGAUCUGGGCAUCCAGGAACCAUGGAGCCUGGGUCUCUGAGGGCAGAAGGCAUAGCGGGGGAUGGGGACGGGACCAGGUACCUUGGUGCCAGGGCAUCCGCAGCUGGAACUGGGCAUUGGGACAAUGCCAGGCACCCUGAGGCACUAGCUCCUCAUGCUGGGGCUGGUUCUGGGAGCCAGUGGGCUUAUGGGUCUGGCAAUGUGCUGGGUCAUGAGGAUGGGUCACAAAUGCCAGGGCCUCAGGGAACUGGGGGCAGAACAGCUUAUGGAGGAGGGUCGAGGGAUCUUGGGCCUGGGGGAGUGGAGCCAGGGAGUCAGGCUGGCUGUAGAGAUGGGUCAGGGGGCCUCAGAGGGAUGGGGUCAGCGGACGGGGCAGAUUAUAGGAGUGGCAUCGGGGGUUCUGGGGAAAUGGGGUCAGCAGACAGGGCAGGUUACAGGAGUGGCAUCGGGGGUUCUGGGGAAAUGGGGUCAGCGGAUGGGGCAGGUUACAGGAGUGGCAUCGGGGGUUCUGGGGAAAUGGGAGGUGGCCUCAAGUCGUCUAGAACAGUGGAAACUGUGGGGGAGGAACGCGUGGAAGCAGGAACAGGGGGCUCUGGAAGAAUCAAGCCUCGGGGUCAGACUGGAGAUGACGGGGGCUUCCGCGCUUCAGGGGCGCUGGGGGCCUUUGGAGAAAGAGGCUGUGAAGAUGGGUCUGGGCAUCCAGGAACCAUGGAGUCUGGGUCUCUGAGGGCAGAAAGCAUAGCGGGGGAUGGGGACGGGACCAGGUACCUUGGUGCCAGGGCAUCCGCAGCUGGAACUGGGCAUUGGGACAAUGCCAGGCACCCUGAGGCACUAGCUCCUCAUGCUGGGGCUGGUUCUGGGAGCCAGUGGGCUUAUGGGUCUGGCAAUGUGCUGGGUCAUGAGGAUGGGUCACAAAUGCCAGGGCCUCAGGGAACUGGGGGCAGAACAGCUUAUGGAGGAGGGUCGAGGGAUCUUGGGCCUGGGGGAGUGGAGCCAGGGAGUCAGGCUGGCUGUAGAGAUGGGUCAGGGGGCCUCAGAGGGAUGGGGUCAGCGGACGGGGCAGGUUAUAGGAGUGGCAUCAGGGGUUCUGUAGAAAUGGGUUCUGCAGAUGGGGCAGGCUAUAGGAGUGGCAUCGGGGGUUCUGGGGAAAUGGGGUCAGCAGACAGGGCAGGUUACAGGAGUGGCAUCGGGGGUUCUGGGGAAAUGGGGUCUGCAGAUGGGGCAGGUUAUAGGAGUGGCAUCGUGGGUUCUGGGGAAAUGGGGUCAGUGGAUGGAGCAGGUUAUAGGAAUGGUUUGGGGGCUCCUGAAGGGGUGAGUUCAGGGAGCAAGCCAGAUAUUAGUGAUGGUUUAGGGGGUUCUAGAAAAAUCAGGUCAGGGGGUGAGGCUGGUUAUAGGAAUGUUUUAGGGAGUUCUGGGAGGGUUCCGUUAGGAAGUGAGGCAGGUUAUAGGGAUGGUUUGGAGGAUUCUGGGGGCACGUUGCCAUUGAAUAAGGCAGGUUAUAAGGAUGGCUUGGGGGGGCCUGCGGGAAUGGAGUCAGGGAGUGGGGUCAAUUAUAGUGGAGGCUCGGGAGGGACUGGUGCAAUGAGGUCAGAGGAUGAGAUGGGCUACGGAGAUGGUUCAGGGAAGUUUGGAGCUCCAGGCUCACUGGCUGGAGCAGGACAUGAGGCUGGACCCAGAGGCCAUGCAGCCAUGGGGCACAGGCCAGGAUACUGGGUAGCAUCAGAGGGUAGCAGAAGCUCUGAGGAUGAUCCAGAGAGGGGCAGAGGGAAGGGGCUUGUGGAUGCAGCAGGUCCUGAGGUGGGCUCUGGGAUGGCCAGAAUGCUUGGCACUGCAGACGGCAUAGCACACAGGGACAGCCCCAGGGGCCCAGGGAUGUUGGGGACUCAGGGAGGGCCACAGACUCUCUCAGAUGGGCAGGAUUCCACAACUGGUCUUGGGGGCUAUGAAACCUUGGGGAUCCCUGAGGCCUUGGGGGCUGGUUGCAAGGGAAUAUCAAGCAUCAGAGAGCGGCAAGAUGGUUCUGGAAUCCCAGGGUCCUCUAGUGACAGAGGGGCU